AUGGGCGGCAGCGUGUCUCAGAGCGUCGGGAGUGUGGAGAGUUCCAGCAGCCUGAAACCGCAUGGCCGCCUAGACGAGAUCUUCCUGAUGCCGCACAGUUGGAUCUCCAAUCUGAGCAGGCUGAGCUGGUUGAGCUCCAAAGAGUCGAGCCAUGAGCUGAGCUACCUCAGCGGCUCGGCCGCGCCCUCGGUGGGCUCGGAGGCGAUGCAGCGCGUGGCCUUCGUGAAGCGCGUCUACUGGUGCUCCGAGCCCCUGAAUGAGCUCGGGCUCUUUCGCUUCGUGAGCCCUCGCUGGCUGCCGAGGCGCUUGGCAUGGAGAAGGAGUCGAGAGCUGGAGGGACCGGCAAGUUGGGAGCUUGGCCAUUCCUAUGCAAUGGUGGAUGUGGUCUUGGCGGAGGGCGAGGAGAGGUAUCGCCUGAACUGGGGCGCUGGCAAGCGUUCUGCCACCAACUUGGUGAUUGAGAAGAAGGAGCACUUGCCGGAGAGCAGGAUUAUGGGGGAUCGACUGGAGAAGGUCUAUGAGGGUACCUGUACCGGUCAGGAGUUGUAUGACUUCCUUUUGAGGUGGGAUGGUGCCAAAUACGACGCCAACGCGGCCAACAAUCGGAAUUGUCAUCACUUCGUGCAGGAGCUCAUACAUGCGUGCACAAGGCAUGCCGGGCAUGACGCCCUUGACCGUCCAGAGUAG